AUGUCUGGUCACUUUCUUUUCUGCUAUCGGAUGGCUCUUCACCACCUCCUUCCCUUCCUGUGUCUUUCCCUAUUACAUCUAACUUAUCCCACUCAUGCUCAACCAGCCCAGCUACAGUAUCAGGACUGUUUUUCCGGUAGCAACACCUCAUACAAGUUCAACAUCUCCAAUGUUUACGCGCAGGUUCUACAACGGGAUACGGGGGACAAGUACAUCAACUUUACAAUUCUUGGUGAGACACCUCAGGAGAUUCUAGCUGCGGCGGAGAGCACCAACUCUUCAGAGGAGUAUGCAACGACACUGUUCACCACCGUGCAGAUGUUGACUUUCCAGGUUUGGAACAACAACUCAAAGUUCUGCGACUCACUACGACCGCCCUCUUCACUAUCUCCGCCUUCCAAUGAUUCUCAAGGAAUGUAUUGCCCAUUCCUACCGGGGCCUUUCACGUUUUCUACGACAGCGGAUCUCCCUAGCAAUUAUGAACUGGCGACGUUUGACACGCACCUCUACGCUUUGGACCCUUUACAGCAUGAAUUAUUCUGUAUGAACUUGAAUACGACAAUUCUAGACCCUGGUCCGCUGGGCUCUGUGUAUGGGCACGGAUACAUAAUCUUUUGGGUCACGGUUGUGCUAGCGAUCGCGUAUUGGCUGGUAGUGGGUAUAGCGCGCUUGGCUUCUGCCUGGGGGAGGGGUUCAACUCGGAUCGGUCCUGGACUCUGGGGAAGAAUAGAGAGUGCUGGAUUCAUACUUGCAAGCGCUAUAAGCGGUGAACGUCUCGCCAGUUCUCCUGCGCUAAUGAGGUUCUGCACGCCAUCGUUAAGAGAUAUUAUCUUCCAUACGCAGUGGUGCGCAGCGAUUGGAAUGGUCGCUGUUCAGUGGCCGACCUUCAUUUAUCCUAUACUGGCACAAACCGCAUGGUCCACCCUGUCGUACAACAUCACAAUUUCGCAGGGCUCUACAGGCGCACACGCUCGCUGGGAUCCCCUCAAUGUGCCAAAUUUUGACCCUCCUUCAAACUUUGCGUCUCAGCUUAACAAUGCAUCGUCGCCCGUCUAUAUCGUUGCGAAUGCGCCGAAUCUGAUUUUUCAACUCCCAGACGAUGCUUCAUCUGGGCUCGAGUCGUUCGCCUGGGCUGUUGGAGUUCGCCCGCAAGAUCUAUUCGGGAUAUGCCUCAGUCUCUUCCUCGCUAUAAUUGGAGGCACGAUUUUGCUCAGCGCUAUCGUGUGGGGAUCUGAUGCUCUCGUCUCGCUGUUCAUCCAUGGUGGUGAAAGCUCAGGGUCGGGGAUCGGAGGCAGCCGAAGUCCUCGAUAUUCAUCAGCGAGCAAAGACAUACUGGACGGCGUCGGACAAAUCCCGUCGGACGAGAAUAGAUCUACGAAUAGCCAUUUUCUGUUCCGCUCAACAUUCUUUCACUCAGGUAGGCCGUGGUGGCGGGUGCGUACGAACUUUGUAUCGUACCACGGCAGUGUUCUACAAGGCAAUCUGGUCAGGAUCUUGAUUCUUUUCCAUCUUCCGGUCACCAUCUUCUCGUGCUACCAGAUGACCUCCGGUCGACAACAAGCGUCACUCAGCUCCAUCAUCCUUGCUGCAAUCUCGUUUGCGGUGCUUUCUAUCCUUAUCCCUAUCUUCCUGGUUGUCCGAUUAUCUCUCACUAACACUACCAAGCUUUACGACGAGACAUGGACUCUUCUGUCCCUCGGGCCACUCUACAAUCACUAUCGACACGGUUCACAGCUAUUCGCGUGUUUGCUUUUCGCCACAAAUCUUGUGUUCGGGAUCACGAUAGGCUGUGGCCAGAAGAGCGGUACAGCACAAGCUAUCAUCAUUCUUGUGGUCGAGGUGAUCUCUGCCCUCGGUACUAGCGUCUGGUUGCCCUGGGGUCAAGGCGCCAGUAUGGGACUCAUCAGCUUCUUGUUCUGUGUUGCAAGAAUCGUUAUUGCUGUGCUGCUUGUCAUCUUAACGCCUAUAGUAUCCGUUGCUUCCGGACCUGCUCAGUGGAUCGCAUAUGCGAUCCUGUGUUUGUUGGGGCUCAUCUACCUGGCCUUCUAUUUGAUGCUUUUCGUGAAGCUCAUUGAGGCAUUCAUCAGAAUUUGUUGGGGUGUUGGCUUCCAGCGAAGCAAACACGUAAUAGACAGUGGUUUGCUCGGGACUCUCGGGCUGUUAGGGUGCUGUGGGUCUCGCAGGCCUCGCCGUGCUAGUCGUCCGAGGAACAAUCUGGCACAUCUCGCUAAGCAACCGUCUACAGUUCCAUUGGCAAGGCCCACGCCGCCGGGAUCAGGGCCCCCGUCAUUCUUACGACCAGAGCACGCUUUACAGCCAUACAAAGAGGAGAGCGAUGAUGAGACAGGAUUCAUCAUGGGUGCAUGGCAGCCGUUCCCUGGCCCUGGGUACGGACCUGUGGACGACUCGCCGCGUAUGCCAGAGCCGCCGAAGUCCGGUUUUGCUCGUGUUGGAGGUGGGCGUGCUCAUUUCGAAUCACCAUAUGCUAUCGCGUCGGGCUCGACACAUGCGCUUCCGUCGUUAGCACGCAAGGGACAUGCUCCAAGUAGCCUGGCGCAGACUUCUGCACCAACGGAAUACUCGCCACCUCCCACACCGUCUAUCGCUGAUGUAGGGAGGAAAGCAGAUGUCCUCCCGCCCGGUGCUGCACCUUCAUUGCAUAUUCGCACAAAGUCGCAGACAGCCAUCAUCGAGGAUGCUUCAGCUCUCUUGAACGCUCGUCCUGCUGCGAGUGGAUCUGCUCAGGUUGCGGAUAGCCUGGAGGACGCACCAGCACCGAAGAAGCGGUGGUACAACAGGCGCAAGAGUCGCCGUAUGAGCGAGGGGGACCUCAUGGCCAUGGCGGACGCCCCUGCCCAGGAUACUGGCCGUUCCUUCGUCGUCGUCAGGAAACAGCGGCCUGGUGUGCCUCCUUCGGGCUCAUCGAGUGCUGCUGCAGAACAAGAACGAAAAUCAUUUACCGUUUUGCGCGGAAAUCAAUCGGAUUCUCAUGCAACGUCGUAG